CACAGUAGGUGGGAGAUGGUGGCGGGGGACCGGGCACCAGCCCCCAGGCAUCAGAGAGCGCCCAACAGUGGAAGCGCUGUCUUUCAGUUCAUAAUGUCUGCCAACAGCGGUCUCUUGCCUGCUGCGAUGGUCAUGCCUUUGUUCGGACUGGUCAUGAAGGAACACUGCCAGGCUGCCAGAAACCCCUACUUCGAGCGCUUUAGAAUUGUGGUGGUGGCCACUGGCAUGGCCGUGGCCCUCUUCUUGUUGGUGUUGGCACUGGGCAUCACUUGCCCAGUGCCCACCAACACUUGUGUCAUCUCGGGCUUGGCUGGCUGUGUCAUCACGUAUAUCAUGAAGCACUCGCUGAGGGUGGGCGAGGUCAUCGAGGUCCUGGAGGUCCUGUUGAUCUUCAUCUACUACCUCAACAUGUUCCUGCUGUACCUGCUCCCCUGCUGCUUCACCGCUGGGGAGGCGCUGCUGGUGUUGGGUGGCAUCAGCUUCAUGCUCAAGCAGCUCAUCAAGCGCUCCCUGACCGCGGUGGAAAGCCAGGGCGACCCGAUGGACUUCCUCCUGCUGGUGGCAGUGACGGGGAUGGUCCUCAUGGGCAUCGUCUUCAGCGCCCCCUUUGUCUUCAUGGACUCGACAGAAACCCGCCUCUACCUCCUAGCCUACUGGUCUUUGCUGGCCACCUUUGCCUGCCUGGUGGUUGUGUACCAGAAUGCCAACCGGUCAUCUUCCGAAUCCAAGAAACACCAGGCCCCCACCAUUACCCGGAAAUAUGUCCACUUCAUUGUGGUAGCCACCUACGCCCCAGGUAUCAUCUUUGACCGACCACUGCUCUAUGUGGCCGCCACUGUGUGUCUGGCAGUCUUCAUCUUUCUAGAGUAUGUGCGCUAUUUCCGCAUCCGGCCCCUGGGCCACACUCUGCGCAGCCUCCUCUCCCUCUUCCUGGAUGAACGAGACAGCGGACCGCUCAUCCUGACACACACCUACCUACUCCUGGGCAUGUCUCUUCCCAUUUGGCUGAUCCCCAGGCCCUGUACACAGAAGGGUAGCCUGGGAGGAGCGAGAGCCCUGGUCCCCUAUGCCGGCGUCCUGGCUGUGGGUGUGGGUGACACUGUGGCCUCCAUCUUUGGCAGCACCCUGGGGGAAAUCCGCUGGCCUGGAACCAAAAAGACUUUCAAGGGGACCAUGACAUCUAUAUUUUCCCAGAUCAUUUCUGUAGCUCUCAUCUUA